CGAUGAAGCUGGGCAUUUAUAACUAGAUUCAUUAAGGAAUACAAAGAAAAUAUUUAAAGAGAUCAAUAAUGGUGUCUUCUGGUUGCAGAAUGCGAAGUCUGUGGUUUAUCAUUAUAAUCAGCUUCUUACCAAAUUCAGAAGGUUUCAGCCGAGCGGCUUUACCAUUUGGGUUAGUGAGGCGGGAACUGUCCUGUGAAGGUUACUCUAUAGAUCUUCGAUGUCCAGGCAGCGAUGUCAUCAUGAUUGAGAGCGCUAACUAUGGCCGGACAGAUGACAAGAUCUGUGAUGCUGACCCUUUCCAGAUGGAGAACACGGACUGCUACCUCCCCGAUGCCUUCAAAAUUAUGACACAAAGGUGCAACAAUCGAACACAGUGUAUAGUAGUUACUGGGUCAGAUGUGUUUCCUGAUCCAUGUCCUGGAACAUACAAGUAUCUUGAAGUCCAAUAUGAAUGUGUUCCUUACAUUUUUGUGUGCCCUGGGACUUUGAAAGCAAUUGUGGAUGCACCGUGUAUAUAUGAAGCUGAACAAAAGGCAGGUGCUUGGUGCAAAGACCCUCUUCAAGCUGCAGAUAAAAUUUAUUUCAUGCCCUGGACUCCUUACCGCACCGAUACUUUAAUAGAAUAUGCUUCUAUAGAAGACUUCCAAAAUAGUCGCCAAACAACAACAUAUAAACUUCCAAAUCGAGUAGAUGGUACUGGAUUUGUGGUAUAUGAUGGUGCUGUCUUUUUUAACAAAGAAAGAACAAGAAACAUUGUGAAAUUUGACUUGAGGACUAGAAUUAAGAGUGGUGAGGCCAUAAUUAACUAUGCCAACUACCACGAUACCUCACCAUAUAGGUGGGGAGGAAAGACUGAUAUCGACCUAGCAGUUGAUGAAAAUGGCUUAUGGGUCAUUUAUGCCACCGAACAGAACAACGGAAUGAUAGUUAUUAGUCAACUGAAUCCAUACACUCUCCGAUUUGAAGCAACGUGGGAGACAAUAUAUGACAAGCGUGCUGCAUCAAAUGCUUUCAUGAUAUGUGGAGUCCUCUAUGUGGUCAGGUCAGUGUAUCAAGACAAUGAAAGUGAAACAGGCAAGAAUGCAAUAGAUUACAUUUACAAUACCCGAUUAAACCGGGGAGAAUAUGUAGACAUUCCCUUUCCCAACCAGUACCAGUAUAUUGCUGCAGUGGAUUACAAUCCAAGAGAUAACCAACUCUACGUGUGGAACAAUAACUUUAUUUUGCGAUAUUCUCUGGAGUUUGGUCCACCUGAUCCUGCCCAAGUGCCUACCACAGCUGUGACAAUAACUUCUUCAGCUGAGCUGUUCAAAACCACAGUAUCAACCACAAGCACUACUUCACAGAAAGGCCCCAUGAGCACAACCGUAGCUGGAUCACAGGAAGGAAGCAAAGGGACAAAACCACCUCCAGCAGUUUCUACAACCAAAAUUCCUCCUGUAACAAAUAUUUUUCCCCUGCCAGAGAGAUUCUGCGAAGCAUUAGAAGCAAGGGGAAUAAAAUGGCCUCAGACACAAAGGGGAAUGAUGGUUGAACGACCAUGUCCCAAGGGAACAAGAGGAACAGCCUCGUAUCUCUGCAUGGUUUCUACUGGAACAUGGAACCCUAAGGGCCCCGAUCUUAGCAACUGUACCUCACACUGGGUAAAUCAACUGGCUCAGAAGAUCAGAAGUGGAGAAAAUGCUGCUAGUCUAGCCAAUGAACUGGCUAAGCAUACCAAGGGGUCCGUGUUUACAGGGGAUGUGAGUUCUUCAGUGAGACUGAUGGAGCAGUUGGUGGACAUCCUGGAUGCACAGCUGCAGGAACUGAAACCUAGUGAAAAGGAUUCAGCUGGACGGAGUUAUAACAAGCUCCAAAAACGAGAGAAGACAUGCAGGGCUUACCUUAAGGCAAUUGUUGACACAGUGGACAAUCUUCUGCGACCAGAAGCUCUGGAUUCUUGGAAACAUAUGAAUUCCUCUGAACAAGCGCACACUGCAACAAUGUUACUGGAUACAUUGGAAGAAGGAGCUUUUGUCUUAGCUGACAAUCUCUUAGAACCAACCAGAGUCUCAAUGCCCACUGAAAAUAUUGUUCUGGAAGUUGCAGUUCUCAGUACAGAAGGGCAGGUCCAAGACUUUAAAUUUCCUCUGGGCAUCAAGGGAGCAGGCAGUUCAAUCCAACUGUCUGCAAAUACUGUCAAACAGAACAGCAGGAAUGGGCUUGCAAAGUUGGUGUUCAUCAUAUACCGUAGUUUGGGACAGUUCCUUAGCACAGAAAAUGCAACUAUAAAAUUGGGUGCUGACUUCAUCGGUCGUAACAGCACCAUUGCAGUGAAUUCUCAUGUCAUUUCGGUUUCCAUCAAUAAAGAGUCCAGCCGAGUAUACCUUACUGAUCCUGUGCUUUUUACUCUGCCACAUAUUGAUCCUGACAAUUAUUUCAAUGCAAACUGUUCCUUCUGGAACUACUCAGAGAGAACUAUGAUGGGAUACUGGUCUACUCAGGGCUGCAAGCUGGUUGACACUAAUAAAACGCGUACAACAUGCGCAUGCAGCCAUCUAACCAAUUUUGCCAUCCUCAUGGCCCAUAGGGAAAUUGCAUAUAAAGACAGAGUUCAUGAAUUGCUUCUCACAGUCAUCAGUUGGGUGGGAAUUGUCGUUUCCCUCGUUUGCCUGGCUAUCUGCAUCUUUACCUUCUGUUUUUUCCGUGGUCUACAAAGUGAUCGUAAUACAAUUCAUAAGAACCUUUGUAUCAACCUUUUUAUUGCUGAAUUUAUUUUUCUAGUAGGCAUUGAUAAGGCAAAAUACACGAUUGCAUGCCCAAUAUUUGCAGGACUUCUACACUUUUUCUUUUUGGCGGCUUUUGCUUGGAUGUGCCUAGAAGGAGUGCAGCUCUAUUUAAUGUUAGUUGAGGUUUUUGAAAGUGAAUAUUCAAGGAAGAAGUAUUACUACGUUGCCGGCUACUUGUUUCCUGCCACAGUGGUUGGAGUUUCAGCUGCUAUUGACUAUAAGAGCUAUGGAACAGAAAAGGUUUGCUGGCUUCGUGUGGACAACUAUUUUAUAUGGAGUUUCAUUGGACCUGUUACUUUCAUUAUUCUGCUAAAUAUAAUUUUCCUGGUGAUCACACUCUGCAAAAUGGUGAAGCACUCAAACACUUUGAAACCAGAUUCUAGCAGGUUGGAAAACAUUAAGUCUUGGGUGCUUGGCGCGUUUGCUCUUCUGUGUCUUCUUGGCCUAACCUGGUCAUUUGGGUUGCUUUUUAUUAAUGAGGAGACUAUUGUGAUGGCAUAUCUCUUCACCAUCUUUAAUGCUUUCCAGGGAGUGUUCAUUUUCAUCUUUCACUGUGCUCUCCAAAAGAAAGUACGAAAAGAAUAUGGCAAGUGCUUCAGACACUCGUACUGCUGUGGCGGUCUCCCAACUGAGAGCCCCCACAGUUCUGUGAAGGCAUCAACCACAAGAACCAGUGCUCGGUAUUCCUCCGGCACACAGAGUCGUAUAAGGAGGAUGUGGAAUGACACUGUGAGAAAACAGUCUGAAUCUUCUUUUAUCUCAGGUGACAUCAAUAGCACUUCAACACUUAAUCAAGGACAUUCACUGAACAAUGCCAGGGAUACAAGUGCCAUGGAUACUCUACCGCUAAAUGGUAAUUUUAACAACAGCUACUCACUGCGCAAAGGGGACUAUAAUGAUAGCGUGCAAGUCGUGGACUGUGGACUAAGUCUGAAUGAUACUGCUUUUGAGAAAAUGAUCAUUUCAGAAUUAGUGCACAACAACCUCCGGGGCAGCAGCAAAACUCACAACCUGGAGCUCACGCUGCCCGUGAAAGCCGUAAUUGGGGGAAGCAGCAGUGAAGAUGAUGCGAUUGUGGCAGACACAUCAUCUUUAAUGCAUGGGGACAACCCAGGGCUGGAGCUCCAUCACAAAGAACUCGAGGCACCACUCAUUCCUCAGCGGACUCACUCCCUUCUGUACCAACCCCAGAAGAAAGUGAAGGCUGAGGGAACCGACAGCUAUGUCUCCCAGCUGACAGCAGAGGCCGAGGAUCACCUACAGUCCCCCAACAGAGACUCUCUUUAUACAAGCAUGCCCAAUCUUAGAGACUCUCCCUAUCCGGAGAGCAGCCCCGACAUGGAAGAGGACCUCUCUCCCUCUCGAAGGAGUGAGAAUGAGGACAUUUACUAUAAAAGCAUGCCAAACCUUGGAGCUGGCCAUCAGCUUCAGAUGUGCUACCAGAUCAGCAGGGGCAAUAGUGAUGGUUAUAUAAUUCCCAUUAACAAAGAAGGCUGUAUCCCAGAAGGGGAUGUUAGAGAAGGACAGAUGCAGCUGGUGACAAGUCUUUAAUAGUACACCUAACAAUUCCAAGGGCCACAUGCAAGUAUUAGUAAAUAAGAUUCCCUUGGUUCCAUGCAGCUUCCUCCAACUCUGCUUGAAGAGACGGCUCUGUUGACCUGUGGUCCUCCAGUGUAUAAAAAAGAAAAGAAAGAAAGAAAAAAGAGGACUGAACCUUGCAGUUCUGUGACUUUUUUUUUAUAAAACAUACAAAAACUUUGUAUAUACAAAGAGUAUACUAAAAUGAAUUAUUUGUUACAAAGAAAAGAGAUGCCAACCAGGUAUUUUAAGAUUCUGCUGCUGUGUAGAGGAAUUGUGAGACAAGCAAAACAGACCUUUCCAGCCAUUUUACCGCAGCAGUCUGUGAACUAAAUUUGUACAUAUGGCUGCACCAUUUUUGUAGGCCUGCAUUGUAUUAUAUACAAGACGUAGGCUUUAAGAUCCUGUGGGACAAAUUUACUGUACCUUACUGUUCCUGACAAGACUUGGAAAAGCAGGAGAGAUAUUCUGCAUGUUUGCAGUUCCCUGCAAACCUUUUACAUUAAGGCAAAGAUUGAAAACAUGUUUAACCACUAGCAAUCAAGCCACAGGCCUUAUUUCAUACGUUUCCUCAACUGUACAAUGAACUAUUCUCAUGAAAAAUGGCUAAAGAAAUUAUAUUUUGUUCUAUUGCUAGGGUAAAAUAAAAUACAUUUGUGUCCAACUGAAAUAUAAUUGUCAUUAAAAUAAUUUUAAAAGAGUUCAAAGGAAAUCUUGUGAAAAGCUCUUGGUUGCACAUGUUACAAAAUGUUUUUUUUUUCCCCUUAUACUUUGUCAUGGUGACUUCUUCCCAUUUUUUUUUCUCUUACGUUCCACUGUAUACAGUGUUCUACUUUGACCAGUUAGUUUUUUUCCUUACAUUUAAAUUUCUUAUUGCCAAAAGAACGUGUUUUAUCGGAAGAAAACUCUUUGAAGCAAUUUCUACCAUGCCUUGCACAAAUGUGGCAAAAAUCUAGAGAAGAUUGUGUGUUAUCUGCCCCCUGUUUGUUCUGGAACAGUGGGUGUCGCAGGCACUGGGCACUGCUCACAAACUUUUUAGUGAACAAAAGGUGCCUAUCCUUUUUUAAAAAUAAAAUAAAACACAAAUAUUACUCUUCCAUAUUCCUUCUGCCUAUAUUUAGCAAUUAAUUUAUUUUAUGAUAAAGUUCUAAUGAAAAUGUAAAUGGUUUCGGCAAAAUUCUGCUCUUCUUUUCAUCCCUUUGUGUAAACCUGUUAAUAAUGAGCCCAUCACUAAUAUCCAGUGUAAAGUUUAACACGGUUUGACAGUAAAUAAAUGUGAAUUUUUUCAAGUA